UUGAACAUGAUGGAAAAGGCUGAGCUAGUCGUUUGGAUUUCGGCAAUCCUGCUUAUGACAUUUACAUUGCAAACUGGUUCAUCCUUCGACCUUCGACGUUUCAAACGAAUCAAAGGCGGCCUACCAACUGACAUAGCCUACUAUCCAUAUCAGGUUUCUUUGCAGAUGUACAAUCGUUGUGGAGGUUCAAUACUGAAUGCCCGAUGGGUUUUGACGGCUGCCCACUGCAUGAGUGUUGUUGAAGAUCCUACCAAGCUGACCAUCCGAGCUGGGUCGAGUUAUUUUGGCAGUGGAGGCGUGGUGGUUCUGGUGCGACAGAUUCAUUUGCAUCCCUUGCAAAACGGGUUCAAAAACUACGAUUUUGCACUUUUGGAACUUUCGGAGUCGCUCCCAAUUAGUGAAAAUAUUCAACCGAUACCACUACCAGCUCGAACUGAAACCUUCGAGGAUGGAAAACAGUGUGUAGUUUCAGGAUUUGGCUUCGAAGACCACGAUGAGCUCAGUUCCGACCUCAGAGCCGCAUUUGUUACUGUAGACGAUCAGCAGUGGUGUAUCAAUUAUUUCGCAGGAAGAGCGGAUGUUACCGAGAGUAUGAUUUGUGCUGGCUUCAAUCAGAAAGGAAUCGACUCCUGUGGGGGUGAUUCGGGUGGACCGUUGGCUUGCGGCGGUGUGCUGGCCGGAGUGUCGUCCUGGGGGAUGGGUUGUCAUACAGUAAACUAUCCCGAUGUGUAUGCAAGGGUUACCAGCGCUCUGGAUUGGAUCCACGAAACCGUUAACUCAGUUCCUUACAAUUAUUCGUUGUGAUAUGUGCUGGACAGCUUUACAAUAACAGUUUCUUGGCAUUUUGUUCAUAU